AUGCGUGACCUCGCUUCACAACACACGUAACACUUUUAUUUGCGUACCCUCGAAGCGUCAUGUCUACGUGUGGAUUUGACUACGAGUUCGUUGCGAAAGUGCCUAGAGAAUAUAUAUGUCCAAUAUGUGAAUGUCCUAUGCGGGGACCGGUGCAGACGAAAUGUGGCCACAGAUUUUGCAAGCGGUGUCUAACAAAGGCGAUGAAAAGCAAAAGAGAAUGUCCCAUUGACCGCCAAUCUCUUGAUUUACGUUUUAAACAGGACAUAUAUCCAGAUGUUGCCACUGAGAGGACCAUUUUGGAUUUAUGUGUGAAAUGCCGUAACGAAAAAAAUGGCUGUAAAUGGACUGGAGAACUCAGAAAUAUAGCGGAACAUGAAUCUAAGUGCAGUUUUGUAGGGGUUAAAUGCACUAACAAAGAUUGUGAAGCUACUCCCUUGAAAAAAGAUCUGAAUUAUCAUGCAACAAAGGAAUGUCCAAAGAGGAAUGUAGAGUGUCACUACUGUAAAAUUUUCUUUGUUUGGUGCAAUAAACAGGGACAUUUGGACGUGUGUACGAAGUAUCCGAUGGUUUGUCUUCAAAAAUGUGGUGAACUCAAAAUUCCAAGAGACAAGAUGAAUGAUCACAUUGAAGAAAACUGUCCCCAUACCAAGGUGGAGUGCACAUUUGCUUAUAUUGGUUGCAAAAUAAAGGUCCAAAGGAAAUCCAUCUCAGAUCACCUAAGGAAAUGUACUGAAUCCCAUCUAGAGUUGGCUUGUGGGAGGCUUCAGGAACUUCAGGUGUCAUCAACUGCGAUUACUGCCACUGUUGAAAGAAUGCAAGCUGAAAUGGUGAAAGCCUCGAAAAAGAUCGAGGAAUUAUCAAAUGCAGCUCAGAAAAGCGAGGGAGUUCAAGAUCUACAUGAAAAGAUUACUCUAACAAAUAAGAAAUUGAAAGAACUACAAACUAAAAAGGAUGUCUUUGAACUUACCUCUGGACUUGAGGCUGUGCGUGCUGAAGUUGGUGUCAUUAGGACACAAAUGGAGGCGCUCUCCGAAAAAGACAAAAAGUUGGUGGAACUCCGUGAGGCAGUCAUUAGUUUGCAAAAGAAAAUCCAAAAAAUUGACAGCCAGCAAGUGUCACAUGGAGACGUGUCCAAAAUCAAAACAAAACUCCAAAACCUCCAAAAAGCAUUUACUAGUUUGGAAAAUCAAACAAGUAGCAAUGUUGAAAUUGUGAGGGAACAAAUCGACUCUGUCCAGUGGAAGAUCCAUGCAACUGUUUGGUCGGAUAGGAAACAAAAUCAAUCCCGUUUGGACGAAACUGUUAAAGAUUAUUCUGCUAGACUGGAUCAAAUGAAACACUUCAUUGUUUGUGUCGUCAUCGUAGGUAUGUGUUUCCUUCACUCGAUUUCGAUCUCAUCAUUUUCAAGCAAAGAGGAAUUGAAAGUUCUUCAGGCUUCAAGUGCAGAGAUCAAGCAGUUUGUAUUUGAAAACACACUUUCUCAAAGAUGAGUCAGCAUGCCAAAGCAUCAAGUUUUUUUGGUCGUUCUCCAACUUCAGGUCGCGUUUUGAGAAAGCGAUCGCUGCUUCACAGCGUUGUUUUUUCAGUGAAUCAUUCUUUGUGGAGCCAUACGGGUACAAA